CAGCCAUGUUCUCUUUCUGCCCAUACCUUCAGUCUUUCACAACGUGUUGAAAGUACACGGCGACGCCUCAACCAAUCAGGUCAGCACUGAAACCACCUGAUGUCUGAACCAGGACUUCUCCUUUCUGUCCGUUCGGAGCAGUGCGAUGAUCUCACCUCAGAUUUCUGGACAGCUAUGAUGCUUCUCUGACACAGCUUCAAAACCCUUCAGGUCUAAACGCCCGGUUCUGAGGAAAUAUCAAACGUGAAGUCAUGUCUGCGCUCAGACUCUUGUGCUGUUUGCUGGUAGCAUGUUGCCUCAGUGAGGGGAAGAGAAUUAAAGGAAGCAGAGAAAGUGCGACGCAGCCAGAGGACGUCGUCAGGCUGAAGGAGCCUCAUGUCAGCGGUUCCGUGUUCAGGCUGUUUUUGGGAGGUGAGGACACCUGCAUGCUGGACCCUCUGCAGCUGCACACUCUCACCUCCUGUGGUUUCAACAGCAGUAAUCCCCUCAUCAUCAUCACUCACGGGUGGUCGGUGGACGGUAUGUUGGAGAGCUGGGUGGUCCGGAUGGCCACAAUCCUGAAGAGGAACCUUGUGGAUGUUAAUGUGGUGAUGACCGACUGGCUGCGUCUGGCCCAUCAACAUUACCCCUUGGCUGUGCAGAGCACUCGCAUCGUGGGCAAAGACAUAGCUCAUCUGCUGCAGUCACUCCAGAGAGAGUACCGGUACCCAGUGAGAAAAGUUCAUCUGAUCGGAUACAGCCUGGGAGCUCACAUAUCCGGAUUCGCUGGAAGCUUCCUGCGGGGUGCCGAGAAGAUUGGGAGGAUUACUGGCCUCGAUCCGGCAGGGCCGCUGUUUGAGGGCAUGUCUCCCACAGAGAGGCUUUCUCCUGAUGAUGCGGAGUUCGUCGACGCCAUCCACACUUUCACACACGAACGUUUGGGCCUCAGCGUGGGCAUCAAGCAAGCUGUGGCGCAUUACGACUUCUACCCCAACGGAGGAGACUUCCAGCCCGGAUGCAACUUUCAUAACAUUUAUGAACACAUAAGCGACUACGGGAUCCUUGGCUUUGAACAGACGGUGAAGUGCGCCCAUGAGCGCUCCGUCCAUCUGUUCAUGGACUCGCUGCUGAAUGAAGACAAGCAGAGCACGGCCUACAGGUGCAGCGACAACAGCGCUUUCGUCAGGGGUAUCUGCUUGGACUGCCGGAAGAACCGCUGCAACACCCUGGGCUACAACAUCAAGAAGGUCCGAACGGCAAGGAGCAAGAAGCUCUACCUGAAAACAAGAUCCCGGAUGCCUUACAAACUCUAUCAUUACCAGUUCAGGAUCCAGUUUGUUAAUCAGACGGAGGAAAUCAAGCCGACGCUCAUCAUCUCCCUCCAAGGAACUGAGAAUGAGAGCGGAGAGUUGUUCAUCACAAUAGAUGAAGGCAUUCAUGAAAACACAACUCUUUCCUUCCUGAUUACGCUGGACAAAGACUUGGGGGAGCUGAUGAUGCUGAAGCUGAGUUGGGAAGUGUCUGAUAUGUGGAAGAACGUGUGGACUCGCAUGCAGAGCAUCUUUCCGUGGGGCGGCCAGGAGAGCAAACCUCAGAUGAUGUUGGGAAAAAUCAGCGUCAAAGCAGGAGAGACACAGGACAGGACAUCAUUUUGUUCCAUGAAUAAUGAUGGACAACAAAUCGAAGUUGCUCAAGAUAAAGUGUUUGUGCGCUGCAAAGAGGACGAACCAGCGCGCCACAGGAGAAAGCACAGCAGACUGGUUCAAAUUAAUUAAUCCGCUCACCAGACUAAAUGAUAAUACCUAAUGGUCUCUUCAUGAUGAGGCUUUGCAGAGUAAGAAAUCAGCAAAAAAUAAAUAAUUGAGGGGGAAAAUUAACUGAGAAGUUUGUCUGGAAGUUAAAAACAAGCAACCUGUUGACACUGUGUUUACAAUGAAGUGUGAUGAAUGAUGGGUUGAUUAAUAAACUACAUCUUUUUCAGCUGACAACAUAA